GUAAAUUUGUCUUAAGAAGACAACACGCAUUUGUUGGGCUCAGUUCAAUCAUCUACAAUUCCGUUUAUCCGGCCAAUUUCCACCAACAAUCUCAAGAAAGUAUGGCGUCGGAUACACCUGCUCAAAUCAUUUCCAUUCCCGACACACCAAACGGAGCUGCAAAUUCUUCCGCCCAGCCAGACUCACACGUCAACAUGCAGCCCGUUCAUGCGAAGCCAUUUCCCGAUAUUUCCAAGAUUGAAGUAUUUUCUGGGGCAAAUUUCAAAAGAUGGCAAGAACGUUUGUUCUCAACACUUGACAUGCAUGGUGUUGCUGAUGCUCUCACCCACGCCAUGCCCGACGACAAAUCUCCCGAAGGCAUCAAACUCCUUCAACAAUGGACCUACUCGAAUAAGGUUUGCCGUCACACUAUUCUGAGUACUUUAUCUAACGAGCUCUUUGAUGUUUAUUGCACGAAAAAAGUGGCCAAGGAAAUAUGGGAUUCUAUGAUUGCCAAGUACACAGCCGAGGACACCGUCAAACAAAAAUUUGUGAUAGGAAACUAUUACAAAUGGGAAAUGAAAGACGACAAGGACAUAAAGGCACAAAUUCAUGAAUAUCAAACGCUUUUGGAGGACCUCAAAGGCGUGCAGAUCGAGCUGCCCGAACCUUUUGUUGCCGGGAUCCUCAUUGAAAAAUUGCCCGAGUCAUGGAAGGACUACAAGCGCGACCUCAAGCACAAAUUUGGACCCAUGUCAUUAAAUGAAGUGAUCACACACAUUAUCAUUGAAGACACCAAUAGGAGGGAGGGCUCCAAGGCUCAAAUCAUGCAAUACACCUCCAACGCCAACCUAGUGGAGACUCAAAACAAAAGGAGGUAUAAUAAUAAUAAUGAAGAUAAUAACAAGCCCAAUUACAAUAAGCCUAAAUCUAACACCAGCUUUAAAAAGGAAAAACAUUGUUAUGUGUGUGGAAAACCGGGACAUUUUGCAGCACAAUGUAGGAAACGGGCAACUAUGAGAAACAACAAACCACCUAGACCAAGUGCAAACUUGGUUCAAAAUGAUGAUGUCAUUGCGGCGGUUGUUUCUCAAACUUGUUUGGUGUCCGAUGUGAAUGAAUGGGUGGUAGAUUCUGGGGCUACCAAGCACAUUUGUAAAAACAAAAGUGCUUUUUCCUCCUAUACUCCUAUAGGGGAUGGUGAAGAACAAGUGUAUCUUGGUGACUCUCACACAACCAAGGUGCAUGGUAAGGGAAAAGUUGUUCUUAAGCUCACAUCGGGGAAAACGUUGUCCUUGAAUGAUGUGCUUCAUGUGCCUGAAAUUCGCACUAAUUUAGUCUCGGUUUCACUUUUGGGGAAAGCUGGAGUUAAGGUGUCCUUUGAAUCGGACAAAAUUGUGAUGACUAAAAAUAAUGUCUUUGUGGGAAAAGGCUA